AUGACUUCUACCGACAAGAACAUUGUCCUUAUCACUGGCGACAUUCUCCUCGGUAGCCGCAGCGCCUCCAAAGGCGAAAAAGCCGUCCAAGAUCUCCAAUCUCAGAAUCUACCAGGAACCGUUGAGUUGACCCAAAUCGACGUCUCAAAAUAA